ACUUUUCUUGACUUGCUCUCUCUCUCUCUCUCUCUCUCUCUCUCUCUCUCUCUUCCAUAUAUCACUUUCUUUCGUAUAACACUCUCAACCAUUUUUCCAAUUUUUCAAAAGCUCUCUGUCCAGAUAUAGGACACAUGGCAGCCUUUUCAUACCAAAAUCCCCACCACCCUUCUCUCCUUGACUCAAUUUUCUUGCCCAACUCUCCUACUACCAAUAACAUCAACACUGACAGUAACUUCUCUCAAUCUUUUUACCCAUCUGCGCCUUUAACCCAGGAAAUUCAAGCUGAUAAUAAUUCAAGAGCCGUUGAAAGCAGCUGCACUAUGGAUCAUAGCUCUACUAAGGUUGCUUUUAGUGAUAAUGAGAAUGAUCCUUCCGUGACCAAAAACAAGAGCACAGAGUCCUCAACUGUUGUGGAUGUGGAUAGGCUUGAAAUUGGUGAUCAGGUCACUCAGAAAGUGACUCCUAUGGGCAAGAAGAGAAAAUCCAGACCUGGAUCAUCCUUCAAUUCUGCUCAAUCCAAGGGUACUAAAGAGCAGAAGGGAAAGAAGCAAAAGAAGAUUGAUGGCGGUACCAAGAAAGAUGAGGAAAAGAAGAUUAAAUCAGAUGAAGAAGACCAGGUGAAAGCAAGAGAAGGACCUCCAACUGGCUACAUUCAUGUUAGAGCAAGGAGGGGUCAGGCUACAGAUAGUCACAGCCUUGCAGAAAGGGUAAGAAGACAGAAAAUUAGUGAGAGGAUGAAGAUGUUGCAAAGACUUGUUCCUGGCUGUGACAAGAUAACUGGAAGGGCAGUCAUGCUGGAUGAAAUUAUCAAUUAUGUUCAGUCCCUACAAAAUCAAGUGGAGUUCCUCUCAAUGAAACUUGAUUCUUCGAAUCCAAUGUUCUACGACUUUGGAAUGGACCUUCGUGCUUUGGUGGUCAAACCAGAGAGAUUGUGUAGCAUGGAAUCACCAUAUCAAUCUGUGCAAACACAGCCAACACCUUUUGCUGAUACAUCCAUCGACAUCACCGCCACCGCUGCCGCCUUCACCGCAAAUAACAACUGUCCUUUUCUAGACAGUUCAGCUUCACUUCUACUUCAAAGGCCAAAUACCUUCUCUCAGGACAGUGAGAGCUUGUUGUGGGAUGUGGAAGAUCAAAGACAAAGCUUUCUUAAUCCAUCUGGUUUCAGCAACAGCAACUUGUGUUCUUUCAAUUAAUUACAAGGCAAAAAAGCUGCCCCUCAAGCAUACCAGCACAUGUUUGUGAGGAGACAAGAAGAAAGCAGCCAAAACAGAGAAAAAGAAAACCCAAACAUGGAAAAUGAAUCAAAGGCUUAAGGUUGUUUUUUUCAUCAGUUCCAUUGGAGUCGGAGCUUGGAACAUGAAUAAAGGGAAGCUAGCAAUACCAGUGGAUGCAGAAGAACACAGAGAACGACAGAUAGCAACCGACCAAAAAAAGACCAUAUCUUUUCAAGAUCACUUUGCCUUAUUUUAUGCAAUGCACAACUUCCAAAGUAGCCUAGCUGGAAUUUUAAUAUGUAAAAACAGAAUAUAUAUGACCGUUUGAUGUAUUUGACCAAUUCCUGUGGUUUCAGCUAUUCUAGUUAUUUCAGUUAUUUUUUAACCUUUGUUUUUGUGGUGCGUGAAUUGAGAAAGUAAAACCCUAAAAGUAGGGUUGUUUGAUUC